GCUUCCCACGGACGCGCUGGCGGGUCGCACCGCCGCCAGAAGAGGGCAUUCGGAUCCCGUCUGAUUAAAAAAAAAAAAAAUCCAAGUGGCUGGGGCAUGCAGACGCGCGCGUUAACGCCGAACUUGCAGCGGAUAUUUGGAUAUCGGAGUAUUUCCCCCCAGUUUUUUGCCGUUUACUCCCGGAAAAGCGACGCGUUCCUCGGCCGCUGCGGUGCGCGCCACGCGUGGUGCGGACUGAGUAUCCCCCCCACCCCCCCUCUUUUUUGGUGUGUAGACGCCAGCGAGCUGCUGGGGAAGAUGCAUCUAAAUGCUGCUUUCUUGCAGGGGGAACAUCGCAUCCUGCCGAGGUAAACUUCUUCCCUGACGGGGUCUUUUUUUUGUAGGUCUUGGCUCUUGACGCGCGUUGAUGGCGCACUCGGAGGAGACUGCGCCUGCCGCAGCGGGGGGUUCUCUGGGGCGCCAACUUGGGUGUUUUUGCAGCAAAAACCAGGACGGGGAGUUUUGAAAUAUCAUCGAAUUAAAAAAAAAAAAAAUCCUCCUGGAAGUGCUCGGCUCGACGGGAGCGAUUGAAGCCGGACUAGAGGAGAGGAAACCGGGGGGGAGGGCAGGUGCGCUUGUGGAUUAGGACGGUACCUGUCCGUGGACAUGUCUACCAGGAUCCUGUGAAAUUACAGAAAACCUGUAGGUUGGACUGAACAGAUCUGCAGAGAUGGGCUGUGCUCUACAACGUCGUUGGCUUGUAGUCCAACUCCUGAUGCAGGUGUGGCUUGCAGCAAGCCCGGCUCUAACAGAUCGCCAAUGCCCAAAGAGCUGUCGCUGCGAUGGAAAAAUCGUGUACUGUGAGUCAAGUGCAUUCCGUGACGUUCCCAAGAACCUCUCAGGAGGAUGUGAAGGACUAUCGUUAAGGUACAACAGCAUCAUGAACCUUCGAGCAGGUCAGUUUGUCGGCCUUAACCACCUCAUCUGGCUUUAUUUGGACCACAAUUACAUCACAUCUGUGGAUGGGAUGGCCUUCCAGGGAGUUCGCAGGCUCAAAGAACUCAUCUUGAGCUCCAACAAAAUCACAUCUCUUCACAACACCACGUUCCAUCCUGUACCCAAUUUGCGUAAUCUGGACCUGUCAUACAACAAACUGGAGGCUUUGCAGCCCGGGCAGUUUCAAGGCCUUCGGAAGCUACUCAGCCUCCACGUACGUUCAAAUUCACUAAAGAUCCUGCCGUUACGUCUCUUCCAAGAUUGCAGAAAUCUUGAGUUUCUGGAUCUGGGUUACAACCGUUUGCGCAGUAUCACCCGGAACGCACUUUCAGGUUUAGUCAAACUCACAGAGCUGCAUCUGGAACAUAACCAGUUCUCAAAGAUAAAUUUUUCCCAUUUUCCUCGCCUGUACAAUCUGCGGGCACUUUACCUUCAGUGGAAUCGCAUUCGCUCAAUGAGUCAAGGCCUGACCUGGAUUUGGGGCUCUAUCCAAAAGCUCGAUUUGUCUGGGAAUGAUCUGUCAGAGCUAGAUGCUGUGAUUUACCAGUAUUUACCCAACCUGCAAACCCUAAAUUUGGACUCCAACAAGUUGACCAAUGUAUCCAAGGAGACAGUGGAUGCCUGGAUCUCUGUCACUACAAUCAGUCUGGCGGGAAAUGUUUGGGACUGCGGCCCAGCCAUUUGUCCUCUUGUAUCUUGGCUAAGAAAAUUCCGGGGUGCAAAGGAGACUACAAUGAUUUGUGCCUCUCCAAAGAGAGCCCAAGGUGAAAAAGUGAUGGACGCUGUUGAAGCCUUUGGUGUUUGUCAAUCAAACCCAGCGACGAUGCUCACAGCUAGCAUUCCUGCAACUCCAUACAGUGUUGUACAGCAGCCGGGAAAUCACCCAUCCAUUUUGGUAUUCCCCACUGGUUCUGGAAAGAAAACAGAAGGAUCUAUUAGGGGCCCAACGUCAUCAGCUGUUACCCAAAGUGUGGCACUUCCCCCAGAUCAAGACAUGGAGCCUGUGUCCUUCCACAAGAUCGUUGCUGGAAGUGUUGCCCUUUUCCUUUCCGUAGCUAUGAUCCUGUUGGUAAUCUACGUGUCAUGGAAGCGCUAUCCUAGUAGCGUCAAGCAAUUGCAGGAGAAUUCAUCGGCGGCUCGCAAGCGCCGCAAGAAGUCAAGGGAAACAGAACGCACCUUGAGCUCUCCCUUGCAGGAGUACUAUGUGGACUAUAAACCCAACAACUCCGAGGCCAUGGAUGUGCUGGUCAACGGCACCGGAACCUGCACUUACACCAUCUCAGGCUCCCGAGAAUGCGAGUGUCAUAACAGUGGGGUCGCAGCUUACUGCAAGGUUUGUUCUCCCGGGAUGCAAUCGGACUAUUCCGGACAAGGCUUGCAGGUUCCCCAUCAGAUGGGCGCACUGACCUUCUACCGAUACGAGCAGCCAAUCGUGGACUACUGCCAAGCCCACCAACCCCUGCGGUUAAACAUGGGCUACGAAGGACCCCCUCAAGGCCUGGAGGACCUUGGGCCGUGCGAGCGGGGGACCAUACAGACAGUGGCACUGCCGGCCCUGCCCACCGCCACCACCGUAGGACCCUCGGUGCCAGGGCCUCGAUCUCCCCCAGCCCUCAGACCACCGACCGACGCUCCCGGUGGAACGCUUCCCACUGAGCGCACCGGCACGCUAAAAUUUGGACGCUAGCGAGCCUUGAAACGGAUUACGACUUGAAAAGGACGGGGGGGCAGCUGAGCCGGGAUGUUCGUCGGGCCUUACGUUCUUAACACUACGGGAGCAUGAGAUCCAAAUUUAGAAAAUUAACGUCAGGUUUUAUUUCCCUCCUUAUUAUCGCCGAACUUUCGAUGGAUUAUUUUUUUUCAGAGGACCUGGUGAAUUUGGCGACUUUAUGAAAGUGCACUUGCUCUGGCUGAUAUCAAGCCCGACUAGAGUGCCAUGUCUUUUCACAAAUACAGUUAUUUCAUGAAGAAAAACAUUUUUGGAUCACUAAGCUCAUCUUUGUUUUAUUUGACUUUUUUCUUUUAAACGUGUAGUCAUUUCAUUAUUGUACAUAUCAAGCCAAAGAUUUGUUUUUUUUUCUUUUUCAUGUACAAACUGAGGGCAUUCUUUAAAAAAUCCCAUAGACAAAUCCAAUCUGUUUUUUCAAACAUUUUAGCAAUUAUGUUUUUUUUUUUUUUUUUUUAUACAUACCCCCGAUUAUAGCCCAGAAAUUUGCCAAGUGUUGUACAUAUUCUUACAAAAAAAAAAAAAAAAAAAAAAAGUUUGGCUUUUACCAACCGCUCACUGCCCCUUUUGGAGUCUCGUCUGGCCUACCUGACUAUUAGGAGAGCGCCACCUGUGGCGAUGUCGUGUUGAAGCGUGGGACGGACCUGCGGAUGAAACACGGCGAAAGUUGCUUAUCUCUGACUUGAGGAGCGGGAAAAACUCCACGAACAAGCAAUUUUUAUUUGUAUUUUUUCCUCCACUAACAAGCGAUGGUGCACCCUGGUGGCAACGGAUGGAACUGUGACCACAUGACCAGGUUGCAUCGUAACACGGGAAGUAUUUAUCUUUUCUUUUUUGAGGCGUGCAAAGAUGAUGUCAAGACAUUCUAUAGAAAGUCCGAAGUGGAAUCAAGUAGAAAUUAUUUAUCGUGUAUAUAGAAUAUGUUUAAUGAUGUAAAGGGGGAAAAUGCAAAAGAGGAGCCUUAUUUUUUUUUUUUCCCCAGCAAAAGUGGGGUCUAUGGGAUGUAAAGUGACGUUCAUACUGUAAUGAUGAAUAUUUUUCUAUUUGCUAUCACGCCAUCAACACUAUGCUGUUUCUUAAACCCCCGCCCCCAUCGUCGACAAAAAGUGCGGAAAUUUGAAAGCGCUAUUUUUUUGUGAGACGUGUCCAUGCUCCGGGUCGACCACCGUCGUCGGAGUUUACACCGAUAUUUAUAUUUUACGUGCUGUUUAGUUCGAUCACCGUUUAAAUGUUUGCACAAACCGCAAAAUCUUUACGAUGACAUGACAAAAAAGAAGGGUUCAAACCCACCCUGCCCCCCCACCCCCUCAGUGUACAGUACAUUGCAUUAAAAAUAAAUGAAAAAAAAAUGAAAAAACACACACAAAAAAAAAAAGUUGGUCCACUGGUAUGGUCGCUUCUUAGUGCUGGUGGGGUUUGCUUUUGUAAAAGCAGCUAUCUUUUAUAAUAGGAGCGCUCUGAAUUAUGUCCAUACGGUUUACUGUCCUGCCUUGCUCGAAAGCUAACUCCUUGCCUCUUGUUGACCUGUUUAAUGAGUUCUCCCUGCAUGCUCGGGGUCCUAUAUCUUGUCAGGGGGGGAGAAAAAAAUAAAUAGAAGAACUAGUAGAAUUUGCUUGCUUGUCCGUUUGGUCGGUAUCCCCUAGAACGGACAGGAUUGUCAGCUUCAAACAUCGAUGACAUCUAUUAAACAAGACAAGAAGCAAGGAAAGAAACAGAGACAGGGUUCAAUAUUGCUGAAUUUGAGGAGAGACGUGGCAACUGUACUCUGUGUACAGUCUUCCACCACGCUCUGACGGAAAAAGUUCUCUUUUAUUUGGACACUCCCUGUUUUACACAACAACAUCUGGGAGGUAUGUAAACAGCUCUUGUUUUUGGUAAGGAUUGAAGACAAAAGAAAAAGAUGCCUCGGGCUUGGGCUGGUCCUGGAUUCAGCUUGAGCAGGUCUUUGAUGACAAUAGUUAACCCCUCACCCUCACCCGUCUCCUCCCAUCGUACACGAUGGAAUUUUCCAAGCCUUUGCUGUUCAUCGGGAACUCAGAACGGAAGUUUUUUUGGAUGAUUUACAUACAAUUUUUCUGACAACCAUAUAUAAAAAAAACAUGUUAUCACGCAUCGUCACAUGUUUUCAAACUACAGGUAAGGUUGUUUAGGAGAAUUGUACAAAUUCAAGAAUGGAGCUUUUAAGUCAAAUGUCCUUCUCCCUGGUAGAUGUGCAUGCAACUUAAAAAAGGUCCAUAAGACUUUUUAAUAAUGUUCUAGCAGUAAUGUGUAUCCUCGGAGCCCGUUUAGGACCAUCAGACCUGAGAACUAUAGGAACAUCUCUCUUACCUGUGCUCCACUUUUGAGGAAAGAAGGGUUUGAUAUGACAUCACAGAAGAUGGCGCUAACUGUUUUAAUGAAAUUCAGACUUUACUUCAAUCAAAACCAGAUCAGCUUCCCCUCAUCCGUGGCUCGAUAGUGCAACAACAAGGCAGAAAAUGUGUCCUGUGGAAAAUAACGUCCGACUGGAAAUCUCUAAUAACUAAAGUUCCUUGGGUGAAUAAUGUAAGCUCACCACACCGAUAUGUUUUAGCCUCUGACCCGGUAUCCUGGCUAGACGUGCUCCCCGUUGGAAUUCAUUGAAAGACUUCCACAUGAGUGCAAUUAUUACAUUAAACUCUUUUUUUAUUGCUGUUUAAUGAUAUAUUUAAAAAUUAAUCCGAAUACCGUAUUUUACGUACCAUAGGGCGCAAUGCCGAUGAACGGGUCUAGUCAGGCAGGCACACCUGAUUAUAGGGCGCAUUAAAGGGGUCAUAUUAUUAUUAUUUUUUUUUCUAAAUGUAAAACUUGUGGUCUACAUAACAUGUAAUGGUGGUUCUUUGGUCAAAAUGUUUUAUAGAUUAUGUUUUACAGAUCAUCUUUCUGACAGUCGCUUCAGGAUGCCCGGUCUUAUUUACGUGGCUCACCAUCGCCGGCGUCUUCUCCCCGUCAUCUUUGUUGUAGCGGUGUAGCGUGCAAGGACGGGAGUGGAAGUGUCAAAAGACGGAGCUAACUGUUUUAAUGACAUUCAGACUUUACUUCAAUCAAUAACGAAGUAACAUCUCCUCAUCUGUGGCUCACUAAUGCAACAACAAAAAUAUUUCUGACUGGAACUCUCUAAUAACUAAAGUUCCUUGGGUGAAUAGUGUAAACUCACUACACCGGUAUGUUUUAACCCUUUCAUGCCGAGUUUAUUGACAGAUAUAAGUAAGAACUUUACAGUACUUUAUAUUAGAAAUGUCAACUUCAAAGGAUGAAUAUCCCAUAACAAGAAGAUAGAGAAAAAGAAGAAGCUUAUCGACUAUGAAGUCGCUACGGACUCCAAAGUUGGACCUGCGCAAAUUUUCAGGACUCAUGCAGACCUCAAAUACACAUUAGCAGGCACCAGAAGGUAAGAAAAGUUGUUUUUGCAUAAUAUUGUGAAACAUAACUCCAGAUAAUAUGUCUGCAAAUGGGUGCCAUUGUGUGGCCCUUAUACACACACCAUAGUUCUACUUGUAUCUCUGACUACGGUAGCCAUAAUGGAUUGACAAUCCCCCAAGUGGUGAGGCUUCGAAGUCAUACUGAAACCUUUUGCCAGAUUUUUGAGCGCCGUGUGUAAAGUGCUUUAUUUUAAAUGGGCCAUUUUAAAGUUAUGUUGUUGUUUACUGGCGUCAUACUGCAGUCUACACUUAUCACUUAUGUGUGACUGCCAUCUACUGGUCACACUUAUCAUAACACCAUGUACCAAAUAAACUUGCUUCCAGGUCGGUAAGCAAAACCAGAAUUAUUCCGUACGGUAAGCGCACCGGGUUAUAAGUUAUAGUCGAGUUUUGAGACAAAAAAAGGGAUUUUAAGUGCGCCUGAUAGUUCGAAGAAUACGAUAAAUAUGAGCGGAUGCAGGGAGAGCAUGAAGUCCAAUGGGAAACACAUCUCGCCAGAACAUGGGUCCUACUUACUACUUUUCGUGGGACGUCGGAUUCAAAUCUUAAAACAAAGUCUGGAACACAAACUCCCAGCCAGUAAGCAGCAGCUCUACCGUAAAGUGUCAGUUUUCUUCAUUUAACCGAGCCAGGGAAAAUUUGACUGUAAUGUUAGCGCUAUAACUCACAUUCCUCAAUCUGUAAUACGGCAUAUAAUGUGUUGGACAAGUGCAGAGUUACAGUGGACAAUCAAACCACGAUUUGUAGGACUUGGCCCAAACUUUGGCCCAGUUUCCUUAUACUGUCUGAGUUAUCACACAGCCAAACAUUGUGCCGUAGUCCUCGUUAUCAUUGCGGGGAAUCCAGCACCCAAACAAUCAUGCGUGUUGGUAAAUCUUUGUUUUUAUUUGAGUACAACUGGAAGACUAAGGCCAAAACCAAGCACCUCUUUUUUAAUGCAAGAAAAAUGUUCUCCCAAGUUUUGAACUGAACUGCUAGUGUUGUCAUUCCUGGGUCAGCUUGUGCCGCCAACUGACAGAGUAAGUCCACAUCUGUCAUUGAAUUCUUAACCAAUCCAUCCAUCUUCUUCCACAUAUCCGAGGUCGAGUCGUGGGGGAACCAGCCCAAGCAGGGAAGCCCAGACUUCCCUCUCCCCAGCCACUUCGUCCAGAUCCUCCUGGUGGAUCCUGAAGCGUUCCCAGGCCAGCCGGGAGACAUACUCUUCCCAACGGGUCUUUCCCCAUGGCUUCCUACCAAUUGGAUGCGUCCUAAACACCUACCGGGUGGCAUCCUGACCAGAUGCCCGAACCACCUCAUCUGGCUCCUCUCCAUGUGGAGGAGCAGCGGCUUUACUUUGAGUUCCUCCCGGAUGGCAGAGCUUCUCACCCUAUCUCUAAGGGAGAGACCCGCCACACGGCGGAGGAAACUCAUUUCGAUCGCUUGUACCCGGGAUCUUAUCCUUUCGGUCAUGACCCAAAGCUCAUGACCAUAGGUGAGGAUGGGAACGUAGAUCGACCGGUAAAUUGAGAGCUUUGCCUUCCGGCUCAGCUCCUUCUUCACCACAACGGAUCGAUACAACGUCCGCAUUACUGAAGACGCCGCACCGAUCCGCCUGUCGAUCUCACCAUCCACUCUUCCCCCACUCAUGAACAAGACUCCUAGGUACUUGAACUCCUCCACUUGGGGCAGGGUCUCCUCCCCAACCCGGAGAUGGCACUCCACCCUUUUCCGGGCGAGAACCAUGGACUCGGACUUGGAGGUGCUGAUUCUCAUUCCGGUCGCUUCACACUCGGCUGCGAACCGAUCCAGUGAGAGCUGAAGAUCCCGGUCGGAUGAAGCCAUCAGGACCACAUCAUCUGCAAAAAGCAGAGACCUAAUCCUGCGGUCAGGAAUUCUUAACCCAUUUCCAAAAAAUGUGGAACUUGGUCAGAGUUGUAUAAACAAUCCCACUUCUUAAUUGGGUUGCUUCAAUCUGCUUGUGCCUGACAGAAUAAAAGAUGACCUCAGUUUCCAAGGCGGUUUAAAUAGAUGCAGCCUUCUUUAUUAGCUUUGAAAGGACCCUAAACUCUGCCCCUCGCCGAUCAAUUCAAAUCUCGCAAAUGAAAAGAAAUGUAAUGAGCAAAAUCUGUUGCUUGUUUUUAUCGUGCAUUUAUUUCCCCGUGGAAUGCAUGCAGGCUUGGCACUUAAUGACGCAUGUUUGAGCUGAACUUCAUGGCUGUCUGUGCAAGCCCUGCACAUCUGAUUUUCUGUCUCUUUAGCCUUUGUUUGGUUACGGUUUUAUGCACAGCCAGCUUCUCCGUGUUCAACUAUUUGCAUUUAGGCUCACGGUCCAACCGGGGAGAAAUUGUUUCCGCCGUUCUUAUUUUUUCCGCUUCUGGUUGGGGUGAGGAAAAGGUCCGGAGGAUUGCAUUGAGAGGGCUGCUUUUACCGGGCUUUUUGCUCCAAAAGGAAGAGCUAAGUUCUUAACUCAAAAAAAGGGGAGGUAAGGGAAAGCUAUUGUAGGGAGAGAUACAGUGCAUACAAUCCAGAGGACAAAUGGGUGAGUGCAAGUGCAUUAGCUCUGUCACAAUAGAAGCUUUGUCGGGCUUUAUUUUAUAGCUACAUAAAGAAGAUAAACAGCUUCAGAUGCACACAAAGAAACCAUCUUUAAAGGCCUACUGAAAUGAGAUGUUCUUAUUUAAAUGGGGAUAGCAGGUCCAUUCUAUGUGUCAUACUUGAUCAUUUUGCGAUAUUGCCAUAUUUUUGCUGAAUUAUUUAGUAGAGAACAUCGACAAUAAAGUUCGCAACUUUUGGUCGCUGAUAAAAAAGCCUUGCCUGUACCGGAAGUAGCAGACGAUGUGCGCGUGACGUCACGGGUUGUGGAGCUCCUCACAUCUGAACAUUGUUUACAGUCAUGGCCACCAGCAGCAAGAGCGAUUCGGACCGAUAAAGCAACGAUUUCCCCAUUAAUUUGAGCGAGAAUGAAAGAUUCGUGGAUGAGGAAAGUGAGAGUGAAAGAUUAGAAAAAAAAAGACGUCAGAUGUUAUUAGACACAUUUACUAGGAUAAUUCUGGAAAAUCCCUUAUCUGCGUAUUGUGUUACUAGUGUUUUAGUGAGAUUACAUUAGAUUAUAUUAGAUUAGAUAGUACUUUAUUUAUUCCGUCAGGAGAGUUCCUUCAGGAAAAUUAAAAUUUUCAGCACAAUCCCAUUCAAGAUUUGACAAACAUUACAGGGAGACAGAACAGGAUCGCUGACGGGUCUGCUGGCUUCCAGCGCCCCUUACAAAAAAAGAUGACAUACAGGUAAACAGGGGGGGAGAAAAGAAUAGAAGAUUAAAAUAAAAAAAAUAAAAAAAUGUUCUUAGCCUGGGCCCUGGAGUUGGGGUG